AUGUCUUCGUCCUCGCAGGUCGCCGAGUCGUGGAUAACGUCUUUCUGCAACCUGCUCGGCCACGAGUACUUCGCCGAAGUGUCCGAGGACUUCAUUGAAGAUGACUUCAACCUGACCGGCCUGCAGUCGCAGGUACCCAUGUACAAAGAGGCCCUGGAGAUGAUUCUCGACGUCGAGCCCGAGGACGAUGAGGACGACGAAGACGAGGAGGACGACGACGAUGACGACGACGAGAUCCUAGGCGACGAGAAGCCCGUCGGUUACCGCCGCAGCGACCGCCGCCAUCUGCGCAUGCACUCGGAUAUCAGCGUGAUAGAGAGCAGCGCCGAGCUGCUGUACGGCUUGAUACACCAGCGCUACAUCACCUCGCGCCCCGGCAUCCAGCAAAUGGCCGAGAAGUACGAGCUGCAGCACUUUGGCGUGUGCCCGCGCGUCCACUGCAACGGCGCCAAGGUGCUGCCUGUCGGCUGCAGCGAUACGCCCGGCCAAGAGACGGUCAAGCUCUUCUGUCCCUCGUGCCUGGACGUCUACACACCGCCGAACUCGCGCUUCCAGACGGUCGACGGCGCCUUCUUCGGCACCACCUUCGGCUGCCUCUUCUUCAUGACCUUCCCCGAACUGGACAUUGGCGCCUCCCGCCUAGACCGCCAGCGCGACGACCACCACCUUAUCGCCGACUCAUCCAGCCAGGCUUCCCACAGCAAGUCGCGUACCGCCUCCUCAUCCUCCACCAUCGCCGGCCAGCUGCCUCCGCAGCCCGCCACCAUAAAUGGCGUUGCGCCGUCCAACCUGGCGCCCGGCCUCGGCGACGGUAGCAUCUACGAGCCUCGCAUCUACGGCUUCCGCGUCAGCGAGCGGUCGCGCAGCGGCCCGCGCAUGAAGUGGCUGCGCAUGCGGCCCGCCGACGUCAACGAGCUGGACGAGGCACAGAUCUUCCACGAUCGGCGCAGGGAGCUGGUGGAAGACAUAGACGAAGAAGACGAGGAGGGCGGGGAUAGCACCAUGAUGGACGCUGCGGCCGAGGGCGUCCCCGUGGCUACGCCGAGGAAGAAGGCCGUCGCAAGGAGGAGACGGACCGCAAACGGAAGCGUAAUCUCCGUUGGAGGUAGAGGGAGCCCUAUGGAUACCAACGGUGUGGGAGAGGGUGGCUGA